AUGAGCCAUACAAACAGAGGAAGCUUGAUAUCGUCUCACAGUCUUCAUCAUUCGGAAGAGAGAGUCCCUCUUCGAUCAGAGUCAGACCAGUCCUGUCUCAAUUCAAGUCCAGAGUUCGAUUUUUGCCUCCGUCAGAACUCGAAACAACGGUUUUCUCACGCCGAUGAGCUCUUCUCCAACUGGAAAAACCUCUCUCGCACUGCGUCUGCCAAGGCCUCCAAGAAGAACGAGAUUACUUCUACGGAAAGUAAGCUUGAAACCCUAGCUGUAAAAUCGGACACGAUAGAUUCUGACUCAGAUGAUCCAAGUUUUGGGUGUGGUUUUUGGCUUGUUAGAAGCAAAUCUGUCGGCUACUCGAUGAGAAACAAGAAGACAAGUUCUUCUUCAGAAUAUCAUCGGAGCAAUAGUGAUCCACAGAAAAAGAAGAAGAAGAGUUUGCAGAAGAUGAAUUCUACAGAGAUUAGGGCUUCAAGAUCCAUGAAUAGUUCGGCUUUGAAUGUCCCAUUGGCUGAUAUGUUUUGCUUAGGUCCUGUUUUUUCCGGCAGCCGGGAUCGGAAAAUAUGA